UCCUAUCUCACCCUAAUAAGAGCCCGUGGCCCUGCCGGAGGGAAGCCGCGGUACCGGAGAGACGACAAGCGGUAGGAGCGCGAAAGAAGAGAGAGAAGGAAGGAGACAAGGGUGGGAGAAAGAGAGAGAAAGGAGGUCGGAAAUGGCGGGGAGCAGCGGUGAGCAGGACGAGUUCUACCUGCGAUACUACGUCGGGCACAAGGGGAAGUUCGGGCACGAGUUCCUGGAGUUCGAGUUCCGCCCCGACGGCAAGCUCCGUUAUGCCAACAACUCCAACUACAAGAACGACACCAUGAUCCGCAAAGAGGUCUUCGUCACCCCCGCGGUCCUCCGCGAGUGCCGCCGUAUCAUCGCAGACAGCGAGAUAAUGAAGGAAGAUGACAACAACUGGCCUGAGCCAGACCGGGUUGGGAGGCAGGAGCUGGAGAUUGUGAUGGGAAACGAGCAUAUCUCCUUCACCACGUCUAAGAUUGGAUCUCUUGUAGAUGUGCAGUCCAGCAAAGAUCCAGAAGGGCUUCGCAUCUUCUAUUACCUUGUCCAGGUACCAUGUUCUUGUCUAUGGCAAGGUCAUACUGAUAAGUGUACCACGUUCUUGUCCAUGGCGAGGUUAUACUACCAAAUGUACCACGUUCCUGCUUGUGAUGAGGCCAUAUUGAUAAGUGUACCACGUUCCUGCUCAUGGUGAGGUCAUACCAAGAUACUACGUUUGUGCCCAUGGAUCUUAAAUGCUUCGUGUUCUCUCUAAUUUCACUGCACUUCAAGAUUAAGCCCAUCCAAUCCUAAUUUCUGGAGGGUUAUUUUUUGCAUCUUUAGUAGUCAACUCUGCUUCAUGUGCGAGGAUGUGUACGAUUGGUCUACUGAGGUAACAAAUCACAGACAUCCUUUGGAAUUGGGUUUUUCUGGUUGAUUGAUUUUAUGAUAUGUUUCAUUUAGCUCAAAUGUAAUCAGCAAGGCUUAUUGUAACCUUUUCUCUGCAUGCUUUCUUUGUCCUGUAAUAUCCGUAAAGCCUGAUUGCUGCAGAGUGAUGACCAAUCCAUUGUCUAGUAGUGUUCUUUUGGGUCAUUUUUAUGUGAAGACUUUGCCGGUAGAUAGUGUGGUUUUGGAGCUCCUCUCUUUUGCCAGUGAAGAGAGUGAAAGUCAGUCAUAAAUGAUUUGCCGAUUACUCAUUUAUCUCUUUAUUGUGCUAGUUAGUUUGUGUCGUGGUGGAAGCUUAGUAUAUGGGUUAUUUGGACGUCCAAUUGUCUCAGCUAUAUGGUGCCCCGUCCGUGGACGGAUGAUGUUGCUUGAAGCUAUCUAUUUAGCAUGGGAGAACAAGUGGAAAAGGAGAUGUAUGGUAGUUGCUCCUGCGAAUGCAUACCAUCCGAGAUUCUGCAACUUACCCUGCCCGGAAAUGGAUUACCGUAUCAUUUGCGUGAUUAUGGUGGGAGGCAAAGAUAAUGGUAUGCUGCUACUCCGAAGGUGUUAGAAUUCCUGCUAGGAGAGUCUGCAAGUUGGUGAUAUGAUGGUAAACCACGCUAUCUUGGGUUUUGGCUUCUUUGAUGUAUGUUCAAAUUUUGAAACUGCGUGCAAGUUGGGUUUCCAUAAAAAAUGAAAAGAAGAUGCAAUACUUGGUGUAA